GUGCAUACACCAACACCACGACGUACACGUCGCACAAGCGCCACCUUUCAGCGCGCUGGCUGAGGCGACUGCAGCCAUGUACAAGCAAGCAACACAGAAGACGGGCGAGGUACUGUCACUGCCACCGAGAUGGCUGGGCAUGUACUCGGACUUCAUCACCAAAAACAGUAGCGCUGUGACGCAGAUUGAGUCUGCGCUGCGUUCGCUGACAUAUAUCAUUCCGGGACGCUUCCGGGAAUCCGAAAUCGCAUCAGAGUCUCUUCACAGCGGCGUCCAGGUCCUUUCCCUAUACCACGAUUCUCUCCUCUCUAAGGCCAUGGCGCAGAUGCCAGGGACGCGACGACACCCUGUCACCCCGCACCAUCGAUACACCAAGUUCUGGACACAACACUCGCCCACGUACAAGCGAAUCGCGCUAGUACUCCAGAUGAUUCAAUAUACCGAGUUGCUAUGGGAGAUGGCAGCCAAGAGGAAGGGUGAGAAGGUGCGAUGGCGGGUUGUGGUGUUGCUCGAGGUAGUAAAGGCAGUAUGCCGAUUGCUGCUCCUCCGACUGACAAACUCGCGCCCUCUCCUAUCACCCCCGCUCCCUCAGCGGGAAAUUGAUCCGAGCUCGCUUGAAGAGUCAUCGGCAUCGGUGGAUGGCAUGGAUACACCACCAAGCGAGCGUUCGGUUGAGGCAGAAAACUGGGCAAUGCCCAGGACUGGUCUGUCGAUGCCUAGCUUGCCAGAUUCUUCAGACAUUUCGAGUUACCUCCUCUCCAAGGUGCUUACAGCAGACGACAUCAAACCACCAAAGGCGCUUCUGCACCGAGUAAGUGGAAAGGGCGAGCUUGCCGAGGUACUCUACAUUCUACGACCCGUUGCCUACGCCUUGGCCAUGCAGCACUUCAGCGGCGACAGGAAGAGCUGGCGGCCAUGGUUGAUUGGCGCGAGCAUCGAGUACGGUGCACGCCAGCUGGCAAAGAAUGAUUUCCAGGAGCGCUUGGCUGGAGGACUCCGUGGUUUGACUGGCCUAGAGAGAGAAGAGCUACGUAAGCGGGGCUGGUCCAUGGGUUGGUGGGCUAUGCGCGGCGCAUUCUACGAGAACAUCACCAAGGCCUGGAUUCACUCGAUAACGUCCAAACUCAAGGGCAAGCCUCUUCUUGACAUGGUCGGUGGUGUUAUCGAAGACUACGAGUUUCUCUGGGAUCAGUACUACUUCCCCACUGCUACUCUAUGAUCUGUUUUGGCUACGUGUGGUUUGAUAUGAUGUGCCAAUGCUUGACACGGAGCUUUAGUGUCACGGAAAUGGUCUUGCAGCCCCACUUCCUGUCGUAUUUGCCUUUUAUUUUGUCUGUUUUGGUUGUAUUCUUUUUCAGAUACUCCAAGGCCAUUGCACGGUCUUGGUCCAGUUUGCGCUUCUGUUCUGCAGGUCUGCAGUAUGUACUAGUAUGCCUUGUUGAGAUACCAAUGUUUGAAAUGUUAUGUGGUUUCGGUC